AUGGGGUUUGCCGCACCAGAUCUUCUUGAAAAAGAUGGGCCCCGAGGAGGCGUUUAUGCCAGAGUCGUGAAGUUGUUCGAAAGUUUGAGGAACACUCUCGAGGACUGGACCACGUAUGCUACAUGGAUAAUAGUGCUGCCAAUGGAGUGUAAAGCGGAAGGUUCCACCAUCGAGGAGACCGUGCAGAUCGCAAAAACUCAUUUGGAGGAGGGUGGCAGGAUAGUCACCGUUUGGACUCCGGUGACAGCAAAAACGCUUGCAGAAUGGAUUUCUAUGUCCCAAUUAUGGAGUACAAUCGACGCGACGCUCAGGAAAUUCGCUGGGCCUGAUCAAAUUGUCACGAUGGCGAGUAAUAUGCUUUGCGAUGGAAAACUCUUUUUAGAGGCAGGAUGCCCAGAAACGGCAUCGCAGUUUUUCGCAUCGCAGAAGCAUCGCAGGUUGUACCCCGGAGUGGCCGCGGCUAAGUAUUUGGCCUGUGUGGCCGAUCCCUAUUUGAAGGCCUGUGUGGCCGUAGCCAGAUAG